AUGUCCGGGGCGCCACAACAAGUAAACAUCAGCGACCUGGAUCUCUCAUCUCUUGCAGAGGUCAAAAGACAGCUCGAAGAGGAACUCUCGCACUUGACGAACUCCCUUGUGCAACUCAAGCAAGCGCAAUCAAAGUUCAAGUCGUGCAUCGAGAAUGUCGCGGAGCUGAAACCACAGAAUCAGAACAAGACGAUCCUUGUUCCCUUGACCAACUCAUUAUACGUUCCUGGAAAGCUUUGCGAUACGGAACGCGUCUUAGUAGAUGUGGGAACAGGUUACUUUGUGCAGAAGACGCGUGCACAAGCACGAAAACACUACACGGACAAGGUAGACUUCAUCCAGAAGAACGUAGAGACGCUCGACGAGACGAUCGCGAAGAAGCGGGAGAACAUGCAGUACCUCAUUCAAGUCAUGCAGGCAAAGAUACAAGCACAGGCUCAGGCAGCACCUGGUCCUUCGAAGAGUUAA